AUGAGGUGUGUUCUGGUGGACAUCGGGACGACGCAAGUUGUAGCCAAUGUGAUCUGCAGUCAGUCCACAAUGACAGUAGAGGUUGAGAAAUCUUCAUUCUCUGGACUCAAUGAGGAUCAUUUGCGGCUCAGUGACCCCACCAACGCCGCCUGCAGCCUCCGCACACACUCCAACAGCACUCACAUCAUCGCUGUCAUCCCCCUCAAUGCUUGUGGCACUCAGAUCGAGGAAGAUGAUGACAACCUCAUUUUUAAGAAUGAAAUCACCACGAUUGACAACACAGAAGACCUGAUCACCAGGAAACAGCUGCUGGAAGUGCAUUUCUUCUGCCAGUACCCCAAACGGGUAAAUGUGACACUUGGCUACACAAAACACAGGAAAAGUGUCACAGUGUGGGAGAAAGGCGUUGGCAUGUUAACUUACCGGUUUGAGUUUUUUCCUGAUAACCAAUUCCAAACCAUGAUUGAUCCAAAUUCGUACCCUGUGGAGUUUGACGUAGGGAGCAGGAUCUACAUGCAGAUAGAUGCCACCUCUUCAGUCAACACCACCGAGCUGUUUGUGGAGUCCUGCAGCGCUGCACCAUAUGACAACCCAAACUACCGGCCAAUCUACUCCAUCAUUGAAAAUGGGUGUAAAGUGGACUCGACUGUUGAAAUUUAUUCCUCCACCCACGACAGACAAUUCCGGAUCGGCAUGGAGGCCUUCAAGUUCAGAGGCUUGCAUGAUCAGAUGUACAUCAGCUGUUCAGUCCUGAUGUGUGAAGUAGGGGACCCCAACUCCAGGUGCUCACAGGGAUGCAUCAACUCCACAUCGCCAGACAGUCAGCACCAUAACCACCAAAAAAGAGAGGCUGCCACCCAGAGUUUAAGGCACCUUGUUUCCCAGGGUCCCCUGCGCUUCAGGAGAUCAGCAGAAAACACUGGAAGCAGAGUGAUUAGCCUGGAUCUGAACCUGGUCUUCAUUGCUGGUUGUCUUCUUGCUGCUGUUGGCAUGCUCUGUGCAUUGGCCAUCUACAAAGCCAAAAUGUCAAGGGUCAAAUACCAACCUUUGCCUACGUUUGUAAAUUAAGACAGCAGCAUGUGCAGAAUACCAAAAAGUUUUUUUCUGAAUGCUUUCACAUAAACACUUAUUCUUGAAGCUCUAGUUCUGAAACCAUUUACCAUUGUAACCAAAUCAUUUAGCAAGUGUGCCAAACUGUAAAGGGAGUGAGGAACAUAGUUACUGAUGAAAUCAGAGCGUGUGUGGGUGACCAUGUUCUCAAGUAUGGGAUGAGCUUGAGGGAG